AAUAAGGAAAAAGAAAAAAACACUGAAUUUCAUGGAUUUAAAAAAAAAAAUGUAAAAGAAUUCUCAAAUCAGCUCGACGAUUUAACCAACCAACAGAAAACCUAAGCUCCUUCUUUCACCUAUCUUUCUUUCUUCUUCAGCUCGGUAAUCGCGAUUCAAGUCCCAGGUUUAUAUUUUUUUCUGUUCCCGAAAGUACCCUCGCCUGCUAAAUGCCGAAUUCGAAAUCCUUUUCAAGCUAGGCCAAAACGACACCGCUUCCGCCGCCGCCUCCAAGAUUUGAAAAUGAUUCUUAGAACUUACGGACGCCGGAACAGGGGGAUCACGCGAACCUAUUCGGAUACGGUAGACACCGACGACGACGUCGUUUUGGAAGAUCCGUUUAGAGACUCUUUUUCAAUUUCCCAAGAUACCCCUCAAGAUUUGUAUAGUUUUCCAUUCUCAUCCUCUCAAGAUUCGUCUCCGCCUUGGUCUUCCCAAGAGCCCGACUACAACAAUAAUUCAAUUCAAAAUUUGCCUUCGACUUCAACAAGACCUAUUUUUAACAAUACUGAAGACGGCGUCCUCGGUAGGAGGUCAAAGAAGCAAAAGAAGGGGAGCUCCGGGCCGUUGAUUCCGGCAACUUCGACGCUGAUGGAGGCGCAGGAGUUUGGAGAGAUGAUGGAGCACGUUGAUGAAGUGAACUUCGCUAUUGAUGGGUUAAAGAAAGGGUCUCAGAUGAGAAUCAGGAGGGCUAGUUUGUUAUCUUUGUUGUCGAUUUGUGGUACCGUCCAACAAAGGAGGCUUCUAAGAACUCAGGGCUUGGCAAGGAUUAUAAUUGAUGCUAUUUUGGGUCUCACCUUAGAUGACUCAUUCAGCAAUUUAGCUGCUGCCGCACUACUUUACGUUUUGACUAGUGAUGGUCAAGAUGAUCACCUCUUGGAAUCACACAGCUGCAUUCAUUUUCUAAUUAAAUUGUUGAAGCCAGUAAUUUCUACUGCUGCCGAAGACAAAGCACGAAAAAUAGGUUCUAAGCUUUUGGCAUUACGUAAGGAUGCUGACAUCAUACGAGAUGUGACUGAAACCUUAGAUUCUAGUGCUUCUGCUAUCCUUUCCAAAGUUCAAAAAAUCCUUGUCAGUUGCAAGGAAAUGAAAUCAAGCUGUGGAGUUGAUGAUGGAACAGGGAGGCCAGAGUUAAGCUCAAAAUGGAUGGCUUUGUUAACAAUAGAGAAGGCUUGCUUAUCUAAGAUUUCUUUUGAAGAUGCCACUGGUACAGUGAGGAAGACUGGGGACGACUUCAAAGAAAAGCUGAGAGAAUUGGGAGGACUUGACGCAGUCUUUGAGAUCAUCAUGAAUUGUUAUUCUGUUAUGGAGACUGCAAAGCAUAAUCUGGACCUGCAGAGCCUUGUGUUGCUUUUAAAAUGUUUGAAGAUUAUGGAAAAUGCUACUUUCCUAAGUAAAGAUAAUCAGAGUCAUUUGCUUGGAAUGAAAGGGAAGUUAUUUUCUAGUGGGCACCGACCAUCUUUUACGGAAAUUGUUAUAAGUGUCAUCAAGAUUCUCUCAGAUCUUUAUCUACGUAGAAGUUCAUCCACCUCUGCUGAUGAUAAGUCAGGUACUUUGUUCGAUGGGAGCAGAACUGGUCACACAUCUGAAUUGGCUUUAGUUACCGACUUUAAAGCAAACAGCAAUGAGGUUAUACCCAUCAGUUCUUCAUCAAGUUCUUCUAGUACCAAGCAGAUUUCUUCUGAAAAGGGCUUUUCUCUAUCUCAGAACAGUCUGUGGUUGUCCGCUGAUCAAAUGGGUCAAUUUGAAUCCAAUUCUGAGACUGCCACCAAGUUGAUGAAUGACAGUUGCAUUCAGAAGAUAAGAUCCCGUCCUUUCUUGUCCACCUCAUUUAGUGGGACACCACAAAGUUCUGAUAGUGUAAGGCCUAUAAGUGGUAAUGGUUCAAGGACAAAAUUUGGUCCUGCGGGGAAACCUAAUAAUAGAAAAGAUGACAAGUGUGGAUUUUAUGAGGACAGUGAAGAUCCUUUUGCAUUUGAUGCUGAUGAAUUUGAGCCCACAAAGUGGGACUUACUAUCCAGGAAACAUAAAAAACCUCAAACUAAAAAGAGUGGGGAAAUGUGCAGAGAUCUUCAAGAUGGGUGUCAAUAUCAAAUGUUGAUGAACCAGCAAGAAUCACGAAAUGGGGAGAAUCACCAGCUUCAAUCAAGUAAUGGGCUAAAUCACCAACCAUUAAGUAAUUGGGGAAAUAAUUUUUCCCAAGAGAGCUCAUGUUCACAUGUUGAUGAUAUAGAGAAUUCCACACUUUUAGCUGAUUGCCUUCUUACAGCAGUCAAGGCUCUCAUGAAUUUAACAAAUGACAACCCUGUUGGCUGCAAGCAAAUUGCUGACUGUGGAGGUUUGGAGACUAUGUCUUUGUUGAUUGCCAGCCACUUCCCCUCAUUCAGCUCAUCUCUGUCUCAUUUCAGGACUAGUUAUGAGUUUGCUCAUCAGGAUGAUAGACCUAUGACUGAUCAAGAGUUGGAUUUUCUUGUUGCUAUAUUGGGCCUGCUGGUGAACUUGGUAGAAAAGGAUGGACUUAACAGGUCACGGCUUGCAGCAGCCAGAAUUCCAUUGCCUAAUUCAGAAGGGGUAGAAGCAGAGAGUCAUGGGGAUGUAAUUCCACUAUUGUGUUCAAUCUUUCUUGCUAACCAUGGGGCAGGUGAUGCAGUUGGAGAGGGAAAUGCAGGUGAUGAAGCUGGAGACAGAGAUGCAAUGCCUUGGGAUGCUGAGGAAGUGGUUCUACAAGGAGAGAAAGAAGCAGAGAAGAUGAUUUUGGAAGCUUAUGCGGCACUGCUGCUGGCGUUUCUUUCAACUGAAAGUGUGGAUAUACGUGGUGCAAUUGCUGAAUGUCUUCCAAACCACAACCUGGCAAUUUUGGUACCUGUGCUGGAAAGAUUUGUGGCAUUUCAUCUAACAUUAAACAUGAUCUCUGAGGAGACUCAUAUUGCCGUGAGUGAAGUAAUCGAAUCGUUAAGAGUGGCAUGAGAACUGAAGAAAUGGAUAUUCUGUACAGCCUCAGCCUGUCCAUUAGAAAGCGGUUUUUACUUUUGCAGACUAUAGUGCUCAUAGCCACAGGAUUGCCACAGCAUCACAAACUUAAUAUUCUGACCACCGGCCUGCUAUUAUAGUUGAGGUUCAGCACCCUCCUCCCCCACACACCCACCCCCACACACCCACCCCCACCCCCCCACCCCCCCCCCCCCCCCCCCCCCCCCUCUUUUUUAAUCCAUUCAGUUUUUUACACUAUUCUUUAAUGCAGGCUGGGACGAAUGUAUAUGAAAAUAUGGUAGCAGAAUGAAAUUCCUUUUUAUCUGUGCAUUGUCUAUAUUAUCAGCAGUUGUUGCGCCCUCUUUCUGUUGGCAAGUUUGCUUAAUCUUUUCCGAAUUACAUGAGUCUACUUAAGGGUUAUUUCAUAUCAGAAAAAUGUACAUAGUAUUAGGCUACUAGCAAUAAAAUUGUUGUUUGUACUUUGUAUAA